GAUGGGUCGGGCUCGUUUCCCACGCAGGCAAUCUGAGAUUUACUUGCCAUCUCUACACGCUUUUUGCCAACGACCUUUACACGAUACCGACUUCUAGUCUGUUCCCCUUCUAGUCCGUUGGGUGACCGCCCUUUUGCCUUUUUGCAACCGUUGGAUAUCUGUUCCUCGGGCUAGGCUUGGCAGCAUUUGAAGCAGGAGCUUGAAAGUUUACGCAUAUUUGUUGCGGAAGAAAGCUCUCAAGUGCAAAUCUUGUACUUUGACAUUGCACCGGCGGUUUGGCUCGCCACCAACUAAUGUCGGGAAGUGUGGACUCUGUACCCGGGCGUACCGCGCAAUUUCCUGGAUCGGGCAGUAGCUCGAGGUACCGGCAAUCCCUUAAUCUGAAUAAAGCUUUCAAAUCGUCAACGCCAACGCAUAAAGGUGGUUCCGCUGCCAGAAAUGGAUUGCAAGUUCUCGGAAGUACUAGACCACGCCUACAAUCAUCACUCGUUGCUGCUCCCAAGCCUGUUGACUUACCUAGUUUGCGAAAGGAAAAUGCCGGGCUGGACCCUACAGUGAGUUUAGUGCCCAGUGGAGGGUCAGGAUGGGCAGUAAGAAAUAAGGAAUCUGAUGAAACGGUGGGAGCUGUUGAGCAUGACAAUGCGGCAUCAGGGUCAAGUGAAGAGACAGGAUCAGCACAGGGGCCAAUCAGAAAAUCACCACGAAAUUGGGCGAUAACGGCGGCGAGCUCAUCCCCGCUGCCUUCUUCCCCUGACUUUCCAACAGCGGCUGAAGCGUUGAAAAAUCAAAAGCUGGAGAAGAAGGAUGGCACUGGAGAGCUGAAGACGGGAAAAGAGGCACGGGCUACUUCUGCAGGCGGGGACAAGAUGGGCGAUAACGCGGAAAAGGCAUUUGAUAUUACCAAGCAAGCCGAGGCACAACGGCCUGAGUCUGUCCCCCCAAUCAAGAGCGCAUGGCAAAUCCCAGCGCCUCCCUCUCAAAGUGACUACAGCAAUACCGACGGUCCGCCACACGAAAAGGACCAUACUUGGGUCGAUGAUGAUGAUGACAUGGAUUUUUCAAAAGUACCAGUCUUUCAGGCAGGUGUGGAUGGCGUGGAAGUUGUGGAGGAAGUGGACGUUCAUCAUCAAGAUGAUGUUGGCCUUGGGCUAAAAGGGGCUGACAGACGGGAACCUGUAUCAAAAAUUGUGGAACGACCCAUUGAGCGACGGCACCCUGAUGAUCAUUUGGGUAGUCGUGGCGACAGGCAUCGCUCACAUGAUGUUGAUCGAGGAUGGCGAGGCCCACCGCAGCCGGGACCGUCAAGAGACCGCUACCCUGUUUUUCAUGAUCGUAGAAGGGGUUCAGUGUCCGCGAAUGACGUGAAUCACACAGAAUGGGGGAACUGGAGAUCAGAACGACACCAGAGCGUCGUGGAGCGGGAUGAGCGAAAUCGAUUUUUGAAUGCUCAUCCACCGCAGCUUCUACAGCGCGCCACGCGGCCCGGUGACCGAUCAGAUCGCGACCGAUUAGACGAUAAGCAUGAAAACAUACCGACUGGGCGACCAGAAGCUAGCAAACCCGAGGAGCCGAGGGAUAUGACUGUGAACACUGUGGAUCAUUUGACAGAAAUACCACAACCGGAGAGCAAGCGACAGACUCAUCAGGAGGAUGGCGAACACCCUCGGCGUACACCACCCGGGUGGCGACCGAAGGUGGCUGAACCACGGCGGGACGACAGGCAGGACCAUAAUAUUCGCGAGCAUGAGCGGGAAGGUGUACCGAAUGGGCGACCAGAAGCUGACAGAUCCCAGGAGACGAGUGAAAAGAUCGAGACCAUUAAGGACCAUUCAACAGAAGUGCCACCACCGGAACUCAAGCGCCAUAGUCCGCCCGAGGAUGUGAAGCACCUUCGGCGUGCAGCACCCGGAUGGCGACCAAAGGCGCCUGAAUCACAGCAGGAGCUUCGUCCAUCCAUUCCUCGGCGGGACGAAAGGCACGACCGUGGUGUUUUUCGCGACAAGCGUGAGCGGGACCUGGAUAAGAUAUCCUGGAGGAAAGACCCUGACAAGCCAGGUGACCGAGUUGUUGCUAUACUUCAACCUGAGCGCAAACCACUGGGAUCGUCGCCAAAAGAGGAAGCGAUGGUGCAUACGAAAAGUGCGGAAGUGCACGGGGACAAACACGACCAUGCACCAGACAUAAUCAGCAAGGGCAUUGCACCGCGCGAGGUCCUAACAAAGCGUGCAAGUGAUGGGCCGCAAAGCCGCCGCGAGAGUCAGGACCGAGUGGCCACAGAGCUUUCUAACGGUAAAGCUGCCCGUCCAUUGAGCCGGACAUCACAGGCACGUUCCGACGCACGCAAUCUUGACGCUUUCGACUCUGUUAUGACGAGCAUCAAGCAGAUGAUUGAUACUUCUGGGCACCUAAUCGAGCAGGCAGACAGCGACACUACCCUCGCAGAUGUAGGAAUGAUUGAUUCACCACCAAAGGGAAACGGAGCAGCAGAGCCUCGUCGUCCUGACUCAAAAGACACGGCCAAGAACGUCCACAUCAAAUCUGAACAAUAUUCCAAUGAUCGGGAAGGAAGCAGGAGCAAGAAUUGGAAAAGCCAAUUGCAGCAUACACUAGCUGAGAGGACAUUCCGUGAUGAAGGCAAGAGUGGGAAGUCCCAAGGGUCACAUUCUGCAGAAGGCGGCUUUGAGAAAAAAGGUAAACGGCUCACUAAGAGGAACAGUAAAGUUGGGAGAAGGGCGUCUGUUGAAACGACUGCGGCGACCGUGGAAAAGCCGUUAACAGUGAUUGUGCGGAAACCAGCAUCGAGUGACGAUAUUGCAGCAAAACCAUCAGCAACAUCUGUUGUUGAUAAGGUUGCACCGUCAAAGCCCGACGAAUCGGGGGAGUCGUCCGGCUCCCCGACUUUCUCCGUCGCCAUUCCGCCCGAGAUUGACUUGAGUAGGAAGGUCAACUUCUUUGCUAUGCCGGAUAUCCUUUCUCCUGAACCGCCACCCCCAUCAGCCAACGUCUUGUCUGCCGAAAAUGACAUGACGGCGUCUGAUAACGUCACUAACGGAUUGAAGUCUCCGCUUGCGCCGAAAGAGGAUGUGCUUCUUGAUGCCUUCAAAAACGAAUCUCCAAACCCGCAGCACGGAGAACGUCGCUUGAAUGUCCUCGAAAAUAAGCAUGCCAUACCUCGCCAUCCUGUGGAGGCGUGGGCGACCAUGCUGCAGCCAACUACCACAGUAGAUUUAACUCAACCUUGGGCGGCAGCGGUCCCAGCUACGUUUAGCCCUCGCACCACUUCCUACCGAUCGACUGACUCAGGGUUGCUUUCUCAACCAUCGCUCAUGCUCCAUCCGACCGCCCAGCCGUUGAUUGUACCCCAAUAUCCAACGGCCCAUCCCCAAAUAUGGCAUAACAAGGACUCUUUCCAUGGAGCUACGGUUUCAUCUCAAAUAGGCCCGAGUAUGCAAUUACUCGUUCCCCGACAGAUGAUGACGCAACAGUUCCCAUAUCCGUGGAUGGUUGUACCAGGUGGGAUGCAAGCACUUAAGCCGCAGCAAACAGCAUCGUCUUAUCCCCAGGUCGCCGUGCGGCCGGCAGGGCCGCCAGUGCAGAUGACGCCUCAGCAGUUCCAGGCGCUAUGGAAGGAUCAAGGAGUUUUGGCUGGUAUGCAAAUGCAUCCACAUACGGGAUCCACAGUAAAAGCAAGUCAACAGCAAGCGUUACCCACUAAGCACGUGGGACGGUUCCCUGAAAGGCAUCGGUCGUAUCAAGGGGACGUGCCGCGGUCAAAUGCAGGUGGAGGAAAGCCGGUUGGUUAUGGGAGGCUGCAGCCCUCUUCGUCGCAAAAUCUACCUACGAAUUCUGCGCCCAUUCACCUACCUUUGGGUUCAGCUCUAGCCGCUACGGUAACACCUGUCCCAGCGGUAGAUUCUAAUCCAGCCCAAAUUCCAAGUGGCGGUGCUGAAAGCAAGCAUCCGUCACCAGUUCUUCCUGCACAGAAUUCGGAGGUUGGCAGAGCACAGCGGGUACCACAGCCUCCUCCCGCCGUGCCUGCUCCAUCCUCAAAUCCCACGCAACAACCUUAUAUCUCUCCACCAGCAGCAACGCAAGCGGGCAAAGCAGGUCAGGUUCCGCUCAAAUCAGUAAAGCAUGGAACGCCCCAUGAAGAAUUGAAAACCGCACCAUCCUCGGGUAGUGAUAUGCUCACAAAGCAGGUGUCAGGAAGUGCUGCGGCCACUCCAGCUACUGCCCUGCCGUUGCAUAACAUCCAACCCCGUGAAGCUUCACACAAGAGGACUCCGUCGUAUGGGUUACAACGUGGACCUUACUGGCAGGCGCGGCAGGUAGGACGACCAGAUUUGACAAGACACAUGGGAAGUAUGGCUCAAGGGUAUCAACCAACGGCCGGAAAAGACAUACAAGUCGGGCAGAAACCAAGGAAGGAUAAUGGUACUGAUACUGCAGAGGAUAACAAGAACCCCCAGGACUCUGCAGAACAUUCUGGCGAUAGUCAUAUGGAGGUGUCAAAAUCAGAGUCGAAAGUGGAAGUGGAGAAGGCAGCACUUAUCCUUAAUGACACAAGGGUGCAGCAGUCUCGACGUCCUGCACAGACCUCCUCGGAGACCCAGGCACGGCCAUCGGGCCCUCCAUCGACAAGGGACCGUUCUACUCAACCCACAAGCAAAGCCACGGAAGAAACACGCGGCGCUGGAGCGGCAGGGAAAGGAGCGGAGCAAGCAAUCACGUCCUCAACGCAUCCCAAAUCCACACAACGGAGCCUCAAGCGCCCCGCCUCGUCACAACCUUUGGUACCCCGAGAGAAGCACCCACGCCCAGCAGUUUCAUCGGGACCUCAGAAAGGGGACAGGCAGAGUGUAUACAAGGAGGAUAUAACGCCGAGUGGGUUGAAGAUUACCUAUACAUCGCGAACUGUCGCUGGGCCACCUACUGUGGAGAAAAGCAACGAGAAGGGGAAGAAGGACUCCGCGGUAGGAACGGAAAGGGAACGAAAAAAUCAGGCUGCAGUGGAGGUCCGGGAAUGCGCAGAGAAGGAGAACGAGAGCAAGGGGGAAAAAGAGGAAGGCGAUAUGAAGGGGGAUAAGGAGAAGAAGAAGAGACGGCGGCAAGGAAAGAAGGCCCGGGAGCAUGAUAAGACAGAUGACAAUGAUGAGGAGAACAUGCGAGACAAGAGCACUACGCCCAGUUCUGGCCCCACCUCCAGUCCCUCUCCUGUACCAUCACCUGACGUUGGGCCAGGGCGCAUAAUGGCGAAGAAGCCUGUAUCGCCUCGCAUGCCUCCUACCCAGGUCGAGGGGGAUGGGUCCGAAAAGGCUCAAUUCGCUGGAUCACAGAACGUACCGAGCAAUUCGGUGCCAUCGUCAAGACCUUCCCGUAAGGAUGGUUCUCGCGGCGGAUUCAGCGGAUCAUUCUCUUCAUCAUUCUCUGCGAGCCGAGGAAAAGGGAUCAAUAAUGCAUCAUGGCGAAGAGGAGGAGCCACUUCUGCAGCAAGAUUCAGCCAACGCCGUGGUGGUCGUGGUGCAGAAGGAGCCGUGAGUGGAAUGUGUGGUCCUCGGGCUGUUUAUGUGACAUCAAAGCAGUAAGAGAGAAUCAAAUGCAAAUGUGUUUGUCGGUAUGUGUACAAACGGGGCUUUGUAGCGGAAAAUGGGCUUUUAGUUUUUGUGAAUUCCGACAUAGAUUGAGAUAGUUGUUUCCUGCUGAUUUGUUUUAUGCAAGAAGCGAUUGCUCCUCUCGUUUUCUCUUUUUUUUUGUAUAAAUAUAUUCAAAUGCAUCUCAAGGAUAGGAUA